CUGGCCCUAGACAGUCGUGAUGGGUUCGUUAGCAACUUCACUUGGGAUAGUGCUGCUGUCCCUAGCCGUAGCAGCUCUUCUAUCUUGGAAACGAAAUCCAGGAGCACCGGCUGAUUUUGUCAUCACGAACUGCAGUAUCUGGACUGCAGACAAGGAUGUUCCAUGGGCAGAAUCGAUGGCCGUGAGACGGGGAAGAAUCCUUCGCGUGGGUUCUCUCUCAUUUGUCAAGGAGGUUGCCGGUUCUGAUACCGAAUUCCGUGAUCUCGAGGGGCAGUUUGUGGUGCCUGGUUUCAUUGAUUCUCAUGUUCACUUUAUUCCUGGAGGCCUGCAGCUAGUAAGAUUGGAUCUUCAUGAUGUACACACACGUCUAGAGUUCACACAAAAAGUUCAACAUGCUGCUCAUGGGCUCGAGCCAAAUGAGUGGCUUCAAGGAUUUGGAUGGAGCAACGAACACUGGGGAGGUGAGUGGCCAGAUUCGUCCUGGAUUGAUAGUGUCACAGAAAACAAUCCGGUGUGGCUCAGCAGGAUGGACGGUCACAUGGGCCUUGCAAAUAAAGUUGCCAUGGAUAUUUGUGAUUUGAAGAGCGUUAAAGAAGAUCCAACUGGUGGGAGCAUUGUAAGAGAUGCAGAUGGUGUUCCAACUGGUUUACUCGUUGAUGCUGCUAUGAUAUUGUUAACUUCUUGUGUUCCUAAACCGUCAUUGGAGCAACGUAGAGAAGCUCUGGCAAGAGCAAGCCAUUAUGCUGUCUCUAAAGGCGUCACCUCAGUAGUUGAUUUCGGGUCAUACUUUCCUGGUGGAUCAAUCAAAGAAUCAUGGAACGAUUUUGAAGAGGUAUACACAUGGAUGGACUCACUCGGGAAUAUGACUGUGAGGUCUGCACUUUUCUUCCCACUCGAGACUUGGCCACGAGUCGCUGCUCUGAUAAAAGAGCGAGGACGGCAUAUAAGUGACUGGGUAGCAGUACAUGCGAUUGGCGAUGCAGCAAACGAUGAUGUGCUUGGAAUUUACGCUGACGCUAUUUCUAAACAUCCUCGUCAAGGACAUCGAUUGAGAGUAGAGCAUGCACAGCACCUUUCACCUGGAGCGCACCUUAAAUUUGGGACGUUCUCAAUAUCUGCGUCGAUGCAACCAGAGCAACUUCUAGAUGAUGCUUACUACGCCGUGAAGAAACUUGGUGAGAAGCGCUCACGUGGAUCUUAUAACCUCCGCUCCCUCCUCGGAAACGGUAGCGUGGUUGCUCUAGGAUCCGACUGGCCUGUUGUAGCAGUGAAUCCACUUGGAGGGAUCCGCGCAGCCGUGGAGAGAACACCUUCAGGCUGGAGUCAUCCCUGGAUUCCCGAGGAAAGGAUUUCUGCAUGGGACGCAGUGGCGGGGUACACAUCCUUGGCUGCGUAUGCAGCUGCAUUGGAGGAUCUGGUUGGGUCACUGACUCCAGGAAAGUUUGCCGACUUUGUGGUGUUGUCCGAGUCUCCCUUUGCCCAGGGCACGGGCAUUUUUCCUCGAGUGGUUGCUACGUUCGUUGGUGGAAAUAUUGCCUUCCUUUCUUAAGGCUUUAUUCCAAACUUGGUAAAUUAUUUCGUGGUCUUUUUAAAUAUUGCAUAUUUGCGAGAA